AUGAUUCGAGUCGCAAACAACCUGACACGUACCAUCGAACCAGUUCGGUCCAGUGACGUUGAUGAAGUUCGUCGAGCCAUUGCCUCGUUCAGCCAAGUAAGCAAUUCGGUGAAAGAUCUAGCAGUCAUAUUGCCUGCUGAUGUUGCGCCAAUGAUAAAUGUAGCAGCCAGCGCGUCCGAAUUCCUGACACUCAUGUGCUCGCAAUUUCUUUCAAACCCCGGAGAUCAAGUCGAACCAACACAACUUUUGUCUCAAAUUGAAAGGGCAGAGGCAUCGUGUCAACAGGUUUUUUCACCGGAGCAUCCGCUGUUCAUGGGUUUCAAAUAUACAAGAGCCUCCAUACAGAGAAAGCAAGGCGACAGCGCGGGCGCAAUGGCCGAGUACGAAGAAAUCUUACAUCGCUUUGAUUCAUCCGGUUUGGGCACAGAAUCUCCUUUGCGAAGGAAUGUAUUGCUCAAUCAUGGGCAGGUAGCCGAAAAACUUGGUAAUGAUGAGAAAGCGCUUGAUUCCUACAUGAAGGUCAUUGCCGCGACUGAUCCCGAUCCUGUUCGACAUGCACAUUAUCUCUUCGUCGCUUAUGUUCUCGUCGCCCAACUGUUCAUGAAACGCGGAGAACUCGACGUUGCACUUCAGUUCUUCACCAACAUUGUCGAUGCUCCCAAUUUCUCGCCACAAUCAAUCGAAAUUCAAUUCGGCCUGAGAGGUAUGUUCCAGAUUUAUGAACAACGUGGCCAAUGGGCGCAGCCAUUGGUUGUCUGCUGCGACUGA